CAUCUGUACACAUACGCCAACUCGCACUUUGUAUAUCUAUCUACUCCCAUUGGACUCAAAUCAAUCAAAAGAGUUCACAAAUUUUCUUCUCUCCUUAUGGAACCACCAAGCAAGAAACCUCUUGUACUAGAAACUACUACUACUAGUACGAAGAUGGAGACCAAAUAUGAAGAUAUGUUACCGAUCAUGGCAGAGAAAAUGGACGUUGAAGAGUUUGUAUCAGAGCUAUGCAAAGGUUUCGAAUUGCUAGCGGAUCCAGAGAGAGAUCUGAUAACAGCUGAGAGUCUAAGGAGAAACUCGAGGGUACUUGGGAUUGAAGGAAUGAGCGAGGAAGAUGCGCAAGGAAUGGUUAGAGAAGGAGACCUCGACGGAGAUGGUGCUCUUAACCAAACCGAGUUCUGUGUUCUCAUGGUUCGGUUAAGCCCCGAGAUGAUGGAAGAUGCAGAAACUUGGCUGGAGAAAGCUAUCAGCCAAGAACUUAAUAAUCACAAUCAUUCUUCUCUGCCUUGAUGAAUAACCUUUUCUUGUGCAUUCUCUUUCUUUCUCCUAAACUUUUGAAUGUUUCUGAAUAUUUUCAAAGCUCUUUUGGCAUGAACAAUUGAAUGAUUUAGAGAGAA